AUGGCGGCCAGGGGGGAGGUGCUCACCUUGCAGGCUGAAGUUGCCCAGCGUGAGGAGGAGCUGAGUUCCCUGAAGCAGAGGCUGGCGGCGGCUCUUCUGGCCGAGCAGGAGUCAGAGCGGUCGGUCCCGGUGUCUCCCCUGCCGCCGAAGGCCGCCCUGUCCCGAGCUGAGGUUCUGCGCUACAGCCGGCCGCUCGUGCUGCCUGAGCUGGGCGUGCAGGGACAGCUGCGCCUGGCGACCGCGUCCGUGCUGGUCGUGGGCUGCGGGGUCGGCCGCCCACUGGCGCAGUACCCGGCAGCGGCCGGCGUCGGCCGCCAGGGCCGUGUGGACUACGUCGUAGUAGAAGCGAGCAACCUGGCCCGCCAGGUGCUGCACGGUGAGGCCCUGGCCGGCCACGCCAAGGUCUUUUCGGCCGCCGCUACGCUGCGCCGUCUCAGUUCGGCGGUGGAGUGCGUGCCCUACGCCCAGGCGCUUACGCCAGCCACGGCGCUAGACCCGGUCCGCCGCUGUGACGUGGGGGCUGAUUGCUCCAACAACGCACCCACUCGCUACCUGGUUAACGACGCCUGUGUGCUAACCGGCCGGCCCCUCGUGUCGGCCAGUGCCCUGCGCUUCGAGGGCCAACUCACAGUCUACCACUGUGGCGGUGGGCCUUUCUAUCGCUGCGUGUUUCUGCAACCACCGCCGGCGGAGACGGCGACCAGCUGCACGGAUGGCGGGGUGCUUGGUGUGGUUACCGGGGUCCUGGGCUGCCUGCAGGCGCUGGAAGUGUUGAAGAUCGGUGCAGGUCUGUGCCCCUCUUACAGUGGCAGCCUGUUGCUCUCUGAUGCCCUCGGAGGUCAUUUCCGCUGUAUUCGGCUGCGGAGGCGCAGGCCCGACUGUGCAGCUUGCGGGGAGCGGACCACUGUGACUGAUCUGCAGGACUACGAAAGCUUCUGUGGCUCCUCGGCCACCGAUAACUGCCGUUCCCUACAGUUGCUGAGCCCGGAGGAGCGAAUUUCUGUUGUCGACUAUAAGUGGCUUGUGGAUUCCGGGUCACCCCACCUGUUGCUGGACGUCAGGCCUCCAGUGGAGGUGGGCCUGUGUUGGUUGCCUCACGCCCUACACAUCCCUUUGAAACAUUUGGAACGGAGGGAUGCGGAGAGCCUGAAACUCUUGGGAGAAGCAAUCCGGGAAGGGAAGCAGGGCACACAGGAAGGGGCAUCUCUCCCCAUUUAUGUGAUCUGCAAACUGGGCAAUGACUCCCAGAAAGCCGUGAAGAUCCUGCAAUCCUGCACAGACUUAGACUCUUUAACAGUUCGGGAUGUUGUGGGAGGCUGGGCUGCCAAAAUCGAUGGAACGUUUCCUCAAUACUGA